AUGGCGCAGCAACAGCCUCCGCCUCUGAUCUUGUUCCUGGCCGGCGCCGCGGCUGGCGCGCUGAUCGCCGCCAAUGGUGUGCUCUCGGCCGUCCGCAAGCGUGCGGGAAGGUCCAGAUCACGCGACGACGGAAGGCGCGUUCGCGUCGGCCUGGAGGUUGCCAAGGACGACAACUGGAAAAUCUUCAGAGGCAAGAAGGUUGGCGUCGUGAGCAACCCCACGGGCGUCCUACCGACCACCCUGGAGCACACGGUCGACGUCAUGCACGCAUCUGUCGGUACCGUGGACAUCCGCGCGGUCUUCGGCCCCGAGCAGGGCUUCAGAGGCGUCGGCCAGAACUCCAACCCGUACGGCAGCUACGACUCCGACAAGGAGAACGGAUCCGACGGGUCCUUCGUCGACCAGCGCACGGGGCUCCCGGUGUACGACACGUACCUGAAGAAGGGCCCCGAGCUCACCGCGAUACUGGAGCGAUCCGGCGUGGACGUCGUCGCCUUCGACAUCCAGGACGUGGGCGCCAGAUACUACGCGUACGUCUGGACGCUCUACGACGUCAUGGUCGCCGCGGCUUCGGCUAAGAAGCCGAUAUCAGUCGUGGUGCUGGAUCGACCCAACCCGCUGGGCGGCGAGGUGCUGGAGGGGCCGGUGGACAUCGCGGUAGGGUGCGAGAGCCUCGUGGGUCGCAAGCCCAUCCCGGUGCGGCACGGCAUGACGGUGGGCGAGCUGGCGUGGUUCCUCAACAAAAAGUACGUCGCCGCCGAUCCUGACAACGGCUCUCGCAAAUCCGUGAAGCUCAGCGUCGUGGCCAUGCGCGGUUACAGGCGACGCAUGACCUGGGAGGAGACCGGACUUCCGUGGGUACCCCCGUCGCCCAACAUGCCCACCCCGCGAACCGCACUGGCGUACGUGGGAGGCGCGCUUCUGGAGGGUACCAACUGCUGCGAGGGGAAAGGGACAACCGCGCCUUUCGAGCUGGUGGGCGCGACGUGGGCGGAUGGGCGACUCGCGGACUUUCUCAUGAGACGAACACCCGCGUCGGCGGCUCGGUCCGUCGCGCCACUGGACGCUUCGAACGAGUCACCGCAGCCGAGGUCCGAGGAGGAGGAGACGGAGCCGGCCCCGAGCCGCCGGGGCCGAAGCUCCGUGAAGCGGGGGCUCAACUACAGGCCCAAUUACGCGGAGUCUUCCCCGGGGAACAGCCCGCGCAAGAACGGCGCCAGGCCCUCGCCCGGCACCCCGCGCGGCGGCAUCGGCAAGAAGCCCCGCGGCGGGAAGAGCGCCAAGGGGAAAGGGAGGAAGAAGAGCAAGAGCAGACUGAGCCGACCGCCGAGCGGGAAAAUGAUUCGAAUUCGCGAAGGAGCCCCCGUCGAUGGACCCGCGGCGAAGUACCGCGAGGCGUAUUUCACCCCAACCUCGGGCGCGCUGCAGGGACGAAUCGUGUCCGGCGUGCAGGUGUACCCGCGCGGAAUCGAGAACGCCCUGUUCAGGGAGGGAGUCGAAAUUCUGUUGGCCCUGAGGCGGUGCUACCCCGGGGAGUUUGCGUGGCGGGAGCAGGCGACGGUGCGGGCCAGGGUCGAGAACGCGAGAUGGCGCGCCGAGAACUCGGCGGUGCUGCGCUCCCCCGCCAAAUCCACCUACUCCAACUACUCCAGGAAGGGAGGAUACUACCCGGAUGAACGCUCCUCGGACGACGGGUACAGCUCCGAGGACGAUCGCGGCUGGCGCGGCGACGACGGCGAGGUUCCCUGGAGCCCCGAGAGCGCUCGAAGGCCCGGUCGAAGGCCCGGGUUGCCCCCGCGGUCGCCCGUUCCCCCGGCGCCCCCGCCGCCCGCGCGAUGGGACCCGAAGAAGACCCCGUUCAUCGACAUGCUCACGGGCAGCGCCGCGCUGAGGGAGGCUGUGGACGCGGCGGAUGACGAGAAGGUCGAGGGCGUUAUCGCCGAGUGGGAGUCGCAACUGGAGAAGUUCGCGGAAGUCAGGCGAGGGUUCCUCCUUUACGAUUAA